GGAAAAGAGAAAGAGAAAGAAAAAAAUAGAUUGUAGUCUUUCAAUUCUGUUUUGAUGCUUUCCCAAUGAACUUUUCAACUUUCUGGGGCUGCAUUCCAAUUUUGAAAAGCAAGCGCCUACAUUUCCACUGUCCUGCAACACAACAUGAUCGUAAAACAGCCUGAUUUUGACUAAUAUGGGAUUAUUUUGAGCUUAAAAAAUACCUUUCAUUGCCUUUUUUUGACGUGGCAAAUUAGGAAGAUUUGCAGGCUGAACAACCAGUCACUGCUAGACCUUGUGCCUGUUUGUGGUUUUUGUUGCUGUGUCUUGAGUUUUAAGAUCCUAAUGUCACAUAAAUAUUGCAGUUCCUGUUUUGCUAUCUAUGUCAACUUUUUAUCAGCCUACUAUUACCAUAUAUUUGUACUUAGCUUACUAUCACUUUUAUAUACAUAUUUUUUAUUGGGGCUUUAUCAUUUAGUUGCAAAAUUGUGGAUUUGGCUGGUGAGUGUCCACAAUAAUUUGUUCAUUGCAAAUUUAGUUCUCUUCUCUUCUCUUUCCUUUUCUGUAACAGUUUCACUUCUUUUUCAGUUAUCCUGGACAGAUAUCCUAAAAUGUCCAACCUGGUGCCUGUCAUUUCCCAGAAAGAUCUCGAGAACAUUUCCCUGAGUCAGACAGGCUUUGGCAUCUCGCUGAAAGCCUUCCACGUGGCUUGGAACACGGAUGUCUCCGUGAAGCUGUUGAGUAACCAAAGAGCAGGAGAAAGAGACUUCAGGGCCCUGCUUCAAGAAGCAGCAAACACACAACGUUUACAAUGCAACCAUCUCUUGCCGCUUUUGGGUAUUUGCCAGUUCCAAGGUUUCCUUGGGGUUGCAACGACAUGGAUGCACAAUGGAUCUCUCUCUUUGCUCAUUCAUGAUCAUGAACUCUAUCCAGAUCUGCCUGUUCCUUUGAGCAUAAGGAUCCUGUCAGAUGUUGCUACGGGUCUAAGCUACCUUCACAGUUUGGAGCCUCCUGUUCUUCACCACAAUCUCAAACCUUCCAAUGUCUUGUUAGAUCUUGAAUACAGAGCGAAGAUCUCAGAUUUUGGCCAACCCGCCUGGAGAAAACAGCAGCUGAGGGCAGCUUUGCACAACUGUAACAGCAGUAGUUGCUGGGAUUUGCUCUGCCUGUCUCCUGAAAUACUUCAAGGAGGUCAAUUCUCACAAGAAGGAGAUGUUUAUAGUUUUGGCAUGAUGUGUUGGGAACUCCUAAGUCGACAAAAGCCACUGACAGGAAAAAAGACUUUGCUUCGAGCUAUAACUGGGAUCUGCAACGGUUUACGCCCAGGGAUCGAAGCAGCAUUCAUACCAAAUGUACCUCAUCGGAACAGGCUGGUUCGGCUGAUGCUUCUCUGCUGGCACCAAGAACCUCAUUUCAGACCUGGUGCCACAGAAUGUGAGGCAUUUCUAAAGGAUAUCCUCAGUACCUUUCCAAAGGACGUGAUUUCUGAUGGAAUUUACAACUUGAUUCAUGCCAAGGAAUGUGCAAUCAAUGCUGCCAAAGGUCCAGUUUCUCACAUGCUUGAAACAGGGAUGCGCAAUUUAGAGAUCAUCUGUCCUCAGGAUAACAAUGUGCCCAACAAGGAAAUUGUGUUAAAACCGCAGAGCUUAUCACAUGAAACAGGAAAUCCAGGGAAUAAAUUGAACCAGACACUCCUUGUCAGCAAUACACCUCAAGAGGCAGCCUUAGGAAGAGAUCCACCUACACCUGCCAGCAAUGGAUCAAGUGCUCCAUCCAUUCCACCCCAUUCAAAGACAAGCAACAAUAAAACUAGGUCUUUCGGCAAUGAGUGCAAAGGUCACCAGCCUCCAUUUCCGCAAACGGUGGGAGAACCAGCUUCUCUCAAAAACUGUCCAAACAGUUGGCCCAACAGCACAUUAAUAGGUCCUACCUGCAAAGAAAAAUACUGCUCCAUCCUCACCUUGGAGCGAGAAACCAUCUUAAGUUCAAUGACCGAUGGGCGUUUGAACCACCUCCUGGAUGUCUUACGUGCCCAGCAGCUCUUACCCAAGGCAGAUUAUGAAAUGAUCACGUCCUACCCAACUUUGACACUCCGGACCCGUGCUUUGAUUGACACUUGUCUGAGUUUGGGGGAACAGGCUGCUGAGACGGUGGUGACUGUAUUAUCCAGCAGUAAAGGCAGCCUUUUGCUGAGAAGGCUCCGGACAAACCCAGUGAAUUAAACCUAAAUCUCAAUUCGGUUUGUACCGUGUCCAAGGGAUGCCUCGUGUUACUUCUCAGAAAUGCUCAUCCUCUUAAAUAAAUAAGUCAAUAAAUGCCUGGAUUGGAUG